GUAUAUAUUUUGAACAAAUAUAAGUAUAGAAUUGUGUACAUAGUGUAAUAUUUUUGUAAAUAUACGUUUCUACUCAAAAACGCGAAAACAUAUUGCCACUAUAACCAAAACGAAUGACUAUUGUCAUGUAACAGCCGACACCUAUAACACCAAACCAACAAACCCAAUUCAAAAUAAAAGAGAAAAACGUGCGUCUCGUCAGUUUAUGUUUGUAUGCACAUGUGUGUAUGUGCGGGUGUUGACAGCCCUCUCCAAGACGAAUUUACAUUAACUAAACAGUUACUUUUAAGACCAUGCAUAAGGAAAAAGUUAUAAGUACACAGAAAGAAAACAGCAAAGAUCAUAAGUUAAAUGGAGCCAAAAAUGAAAAUAGUAAUAAAAAAGUUAGCUUACUCAACAAGAAAGAUGACAGCGAGGAGUACGAUCUGGUGCCGCCCGACGGUGGCUGGGGUUGGCUAGUACUGUUUGGUUCCUGCUUGACCAACAUACUCAUUCCUGGCACAAUCAAGAGCUUCGGGGUACUCUUCGUUGAGUUUGUAGAGGAGUUCAAUGCGACUCCGACAAAGGCCUCGUGGAUCCCGGCAAUAUGCUACUUCCUCUACAGUUCGUUGGGACCUGUAUCGAGUAUUCUUUCUGUGAAGUAUUCAUAUCGGACGGUCACCCUGCUGGGAGGAGCGUCAGCAUCUCUGGGAAUGAUACUCUCCUUCUGGGCAUCGUCAGUUGAGUAUUUGUAUAUCAGCUAUGGAGUCCUGGUGGGGAUUGGCGCUGGGCUAUCUUUUCCGCCCACAGUGUAUAUUGUAACGUCUUACUUUGUAAAGCUGCGCGGACUGGCCAACGGUCUGUGCAUCUCGGGCAGUGCUCUGGGCAGCAUUAUUCUGCCGCCUCUGCUGCGCUGGCUGCUGGAGACCUAUGGCUACCAUGGCUCCUGUUUGAUUAUGGGCGGCAUCACACUGAACGUUUUUGUGGCUGCCCUGUUCUACGAGCCCGUGGAACAGCACAUGGUUCGAGUGCCCCGUGCUCGCCAGGCACUAGACGACAUACCCGAGGAGGAAGACAUCGGAAUAGUGAUGAAGUUCGAGAAUGUCGAUGAAACGGCAACCAACCACGAGCAGUCUGACAAGCAGCUGUUGCCUUACAAUUCGCCACCAUCGCCGCUCUAUCUGCCCGACGAUGACAAGCAGCAGUUCGUGAGAAGUGCCUCGGAGGCCGUAGUCCAGAGCUACGCAAAGCCCGGCGAUGAGUUCCAGCCUCGCACUAGGAAGAUCAGCACGCCGGUGAGACUGCCCCAAAGAAAUCAGACAUUCACGCCGGGCCAACUGAAUUCGCAAUCAUCGCUGUACGCCGUGCCCGAAGGUCGCUCCAGUUCCAAGCUCACUCUGAGGAAUUUGUCGAGGUCCCGACUGUCGAAGCGGUCGCCUUCGACAAGCAGCUUCUUGUACAUCAGCACACCGUACCACGGCAGCACGUUGUCCUUUCAGCCAAAGGAAUUCUCAUCGCAUUUGUCGCUGCGCUCGGUAGGUAGCAAUGGAUCAGCAGUGGACACAACUGGCCAAGACAAGGCCCAGGCAACUGACGACACUCAGGGAAAGACGCAGUCCUCGCAGCGAUCCAAGUUCUUCGACCUCAGCCUGCUCAAAGAUCCCAUGUACUUGGUCAUAUUAAUCUCCAAUUCGACGAAUGCCAUCAGUUACACCAACUUCAUCAUUUUGCUGCCCAGUUUUGGCGCUGACAGGGGCUUCAAUAAAUCGUUGGCGGCCUACCUGCUUUCUGUUGUAUCCGCCACGGACCUGAUUGGCCGUAUUGGCGGCUCAGCUCUUUCGGACAUGGGACUAAUUCCCAAGACCUGGUACUUUGUGGGCGGCUUGUCCAUAUCGGGUCUUUCCCUCACGCUACUGCCAUUUGCCUCCUCCUACAGCACGGUUUGCUUUUGGUGUGCCCUCUUUGGCCUCGCUUCCGGAAUCUAUGUGGGAAUCACCGCGGUCAUAAUGGCUGACAUGCUUGGCACAGAACGCCUGACAUCGUCCUAUGGCAUCAGUCUUUUUAUUAACGGCAUCCUUCAGUUGGUAGGCCCGCCACUGUGCAACUACUGGUACGAGGCCGUUGACGAUUACAAUCCGCUCUUCCACGCCCUGGGACUAACGCUACUCGCGGGUGCCAGCCUGUGGAGUUUCAUGCCAUGGAUAGAGCGACGCAAGGCCAAAGCUGAGGAAAAACUCGAGGCACAAAUCGACGAGGAAGCUGUCGACGGUUACUGAACGGGGAUAACGUACAAUUACAAUUAGAUGUUAAGCUUUAAACAGCGUACAAACAGUGAUGGAGGAGGAGUUUAGCUAAUCAGGAAAAUCAGGAUCAGGAGUUGAAGAGUGCAUUGAAAGUUUGGAAACUGUUAAUUUGGUUCUUCCAGCAUCUUUUUCGUCUAGCUGAUAAGUCUUAACUUAAUAUUGUAUAACUAUUACAAUUAUUGUUUACUUAAUACCAAUAUAUUUAUAGUCUAGGCAGUAUAAACAUAAGCCCGGAUGAUACCGAUGAAUCGCAAGUGUGUAGCAGAGGAGAAAGCUAAAGUUUUAUAACUAUUUUUUCUAUAAAUAUGCCAAACAAAAGAAAAACUAAAAAAAUGAGAAAAAAUAUAAUUGAAAAAA